AUGGAAAAGGAUCCUCUAUAUGGCUUCACUAAACUCUCAGCGCUCUAUUUCAAGGCAAAACCAGACUAUGAAGGCCGGUACACAGUGCCACUCAUAUGGGAUAAAAAAACAGAGACUAUUGUCAACAAUGAAAGUUCGGAAAUCAUUCGUAUGUUAUUUACUGCGUUUGACGAAUUUCUUCCGGAAAGCGAGCGCGAAGUCAACAAGCCGGGCGGUGGCUACUACCCGGAAAAUCUUCGCAAAGAAAUCGACGAAAUGAAUGAAUGGGUCUACGACAAGAUAAACAACGGGGUCUAUAAAACCGGGUUUGCCUCCACCCAAGAAGCAUAUCUCAGCAAUGUAGUACCCUUGUUUGAAAGCUUAGAUCGUGUCGAGAAACAUCUCAGCGACCGUGGAACCAAGUAUCUAUUUGGAGAUCACAUCACAGAGGCAGAUAUUCGGUAA